AUGGCCGCCGCCAACAAGACGGAGAAGCAACACCACCAGCACCAGCAGCAGCGGCAGCCGGUGAUCAUCUACACCCAAUCUCCGAAAAUCAUCCACGCGCAGGCGCGCGAUUUCAUGGCCUUGGUCCAAAAGCUCACCGGCCUCUCGCGAUCCGAUAAUACUCACGACGACGUCAACGACCAAAGCCAAGACACUGACACUACUCAUGAAGAUCAUGCAAACGUGAAAGUUUCAUCAUGUCAAGACGACCAUAUCGACCAUACAGACAUUACUAAAUCUAUUAUUAGCCGCAGCCGUGAUGGAAACGAGUCGUGUUCGGAUCUGACGGAUGAGAUUAAUUGUGGUGGUGGGAAUUACGAUAAUAAUAGUAUGAUUAAUAAUGUUCAACAUCAAGUGGGGAGCUCAUCAUCUUCCGGAUAUUCUCCCAAUGCCAUGUUCAGCAACCCUAGCCCGUAUUUUGCAGAUAUUCCAUUGUUUACGCCGACCUCAAAUAAUUCAGCGGAUUUCUUCUGCCCGCCAAGGCCGCUUUACAGAUUCUCCGAUUCCUCAUCGCAUGCGUCUCCGAACUUCGGCGGUUCGAUAUCUCCAUCAAUGUUCAAGUUCAUCAAAGGACUCCCAGAAUAUUGA